AAGUGUGUUCUUUGCUGCUAAGAACCUCUGCUUCUUCGUGAUGUAGCCAUUGGUUCAUAACAAUGGAAGUUCCCUGUCUGCAAGUGAACUGAGGUGACGUGCCACUUGAUCUGCACCAUGUUCCUUUAUAACCUAACUCUGCAGCGGGCCACUGGCAUCAGCUAUGCCAUCCAUGGCAAUUUUUCAGGUACCAAACAGCAAGAAAUUGUUGUUUCCCGAGGAAAAAUCUUGGAGUUGCUUCGUCCUGACCCAAACACUGGAAAGGUUCAUACCUUGCUAACUGUAGAAGUUUUUGGAAUCAUUCGCUCCCUCAUGGCCUUCAGGUUAACUGGUGGAACCAAAGACUACAUUGUAGUGGGCAGUGAUUCAGGCCGCAUUGUUAUCCUGGAAUAUCAACCAUCUAAAAAUGUGUUUGAGAAGAUUCACCAGGAAACCUUUGGCAAGAGUGGCUGUCGCAGAAUAGUUCCUGGACAAUACUUGGCUGUGGAUCCUAAGGGACGAGCUGUUAUGAUCAGUGCCAUUGAGAAGCAGAAGCUGGUGUACAUCCUGAACAGAGAUGCUGCCGCUCGGCUCACAAUUUCUUCCCCAUUAGAAGCCCACAAGGCCAACACUUUAGUCUACCAUGUAGUCGGAGUAGACGUUGGGUUUGAAAAUCCCAUGUUUGCUUGUCUGGAAAUGGAUUAUGAGGAAGCUGACAAUGACCCCACAGGAGAAGCAGCAGCCAACACCCAGCAGACGUUGACGUUUUAUGAGUUAGAUCUGGGUUUGAACCAUGUCGUCAGAAAAUACAGUGAACCCUUGGAAGAACAUGGCAACUUCCUUAUAACAGUGCCUGGAGGCUCUGAUGGUCCCAGUGGAGUGCUGAUUUGUUCUGAAAAUUACAUCACCUACAAAAACUUUGGUGACCAACCAGAUAUUCGAUGUCCCAUUCCCAGGAGAAGGAAUGACUUGGAUGACCCCGAAAGAGGCAUGAUCUUCGUCUGCUCUGCUACACACAAGACCAAGUCUAUGUUCUUUUUCCUGGCUCAGACGGAGCAGGGAGAUAUCUUCAAAAUCACCUUGGAGACUGAUGAGGACAUGGUCACAGAAAUUCGACUCAAGUACUUUGACACGGUUCCUGUAGCCGCUGCAAUGUGCGUGCUGAAAACAGGAUUCCUGUUUGUGGCUUCUGAGUUUGGAAACCACUACCUCUACCAAAUAGCUCACUUGGGAGAUGACGAUGAAGAGCCAGAGUUCUCCUCUGCCAUGCCCUUGGAGGAAGGGGACACUUUCUUUUUCCAGCCAAGGCCUCUUAAGAACCUGGUUCUGGUGGAUGAGCUGGACAGCCUGUCUCCUAUCCUGUGCUGUCAGAUAGCUGAUCUGGCUAAUGAAGAUACACCCCAGUUAUAUGCAGCUUGUGGAAGGGGACCUCGGUCGUCUCUGAGGGUCCUCAGACAUGGACUUGAGGUAUCUGAAAUGGCUGUAUCAGAGUUGCCUGGUAACCCCAAUGCUGUGUGGACAGUGAGGAGACAUGUUGAAGAUGAAUUUGAUGCUUAUAUCAUUGUGUCCUUCGUCAACGCCACCCUGGUACUCUCUAUUGGAGAAACUGUAGAGGAAGUGACGGAUUCUGGAUUUCUUGGUACCACGCCCACAUUGUCCUGCUCGUUGUUGGGGGAUGAUGCGUUGGUGCAGGUUUAUCCUGAUGGCAUCCGGCACAUCAGGGCCGAUAAACGAGUGAAUGAGUGGAAGACCCCAGGGAAGAAGACCAUUGUCAAGUGUGCUGUGAAUCAGAGACAAGUGGUGAUAGCACUGACUGGAGGAGAGCUGGUCUACUUCGAGAUGGACCCGUCAGGACAGCUGAACGAAUACACUGAGAGGAAGGAGAUGUCAGCGGAUGUGGUAUGCAUGAGCUUGGCCAACGUCCCCCCUGGAGAACAGCGCUCCCGUUUCCUUGCCGUUGGUCUUGUGGACAACACCGUGCGCAUCAUUUCGCUGGACCCCUCUGACUGUCUGCAGCCAUUGAGUAUGCAGGCGCUCCCUGCCCAGCCAGAGGCAUUGUGCAUUGUGGAAAUGGGAGGAGCUGAGAAGCAGGACGACCUGGGGGAGCGGGGCUCCAUCGGCUUCUUGUACCUGAACAUCGGCUUGCAGAAUGGUGUUCUGCUCCGAACUGUCCUCGAUCCGGUCACUGGAGACCUCUCUGACACAAGAACCAGGUAUCUUGGGUCGCGUCCCGUGAAACUCUUCCGUGUCCGGAUGCAAGGCCAAGAAGCAGUGCUGGCCAUGUCAAGCCGUUCGUGGCUGAGUUAUUCCUAUCAGUCACGCUUCCACUUAACCCCCCUCUCGUAUGAAACGUUGGAGUUCGCGUCCGGCUUUGCCUCGGAGCAGUGUCCAGAAGGCAUUGUAGCCAUCUCCACAAACACCCUGAGGAUCCUGGCCUUGGAGAAGCUUGGCGCUGUCUUCAACCAGGUUGCCUUCCCGUUGCAGUACACCCCAAGGAAGUUUGUCAUCCACCCUGAGAGCAACAACCUCGUCAUCAUUGAGACUGACCACAAUGCUUAUACUGAGGCCACCAAAGCCCAACGGAAGCAGCAGAUGGCCGAGGAAAUGGUAGAAGCUGCAGGUGAAGACGAGAGGGAGCUAGCAGCAGAGAUGGCAGCGGCAUUUCUGAACGAGAACCUUCCAGAGUCCAUCUUUGGCGCCCCAAAGGCAGGAAAUGGGCAGUGGGCCUCCGUUGUCCGGGUGAUGAACCCCAUCCAAGGGAACACGUUGGAUCUUGUGCAGCUGGAGCAGAACGAAGCUGCCUUCAGUGUGGCUGUGUGCCGAUUUGCCAACGCUGGCGAUGACUGGCAUGUUCUGGUGGGAGUGGCCAAGGACCUCAUUUUGAACCCACGCUCGGUUGCCGGAGGGUUUGUCUACACUUACAAGCUGGUGAACAGUGGCGAGAAGCUGGAGUUCCUGCACAAGACUCCAGUGGAGGAGGUUCCGGCAGCCAUUGCCCCAUUCCAGGGCCGGGUGCUCAUCGGGGUGGGGAAGCUGCUGCGGGUGUACGACCUGGGCAAGAAGAAGCUGCUCCGGAAGUGCGAGAACAAGCACAUUGCCAACUACAUCUGUGGGAUCCAGACCAUUGGGCACCGAGUGAUUGUGUCGGACGUCCAGGAGAGCUUCAUCUGGGUGCGUUACAAGAGGCACGAGAACCAGCUCAUUAUCUUUGCAGACGACACCCACCCACGUUGGGUCACCACCGCCUGUCUCCUGGAUUACGACACAGUGGCUGGAGCUGACAAGUUUGGCAACAUCUGUGUGGUGAGGCUGCCUCCCAACACCAACGAUGAGGUUGACGAGGACCCAACCGGCAACAAAGCGUUGUGGGACAGAGGUCUUCUCAAUGGCGCUUCCCAAAAGGCGGAGGUGAUCAUGAACUACCACGUCGGAGAAACAGUGCUAUCUCUGCAGAAGACGACGCUGAUCCCCGGAGGGUCUGAGUCUCUCGUCUAUACGACCUUGUCUGGAGGCAUUGGCAUUCUGGUCCCGUUUACGUCGCACGAGGAUCACGACUUCUUCCAGCACGUGGAGAUGCAUCUUCGGUCAGAGCACCCUCCUCUCUGUGGGCGAGACCACCUCAGCUUCCGCUCCUAUUACUUCCCAGUCAAGAAUGUCAUUGAUGGAGAUCUGUGUGAGCAGUUUAACUCCAUGGAACCCAACAAACAGAAGAAUGUGUCGGAAGAGCUGGACAGGACCCCGCCAGAGGUGUCCAAGAAACUAGAGGACAUCCGCACCCGCUAUGCUUUCUGAGUGGACUUGAGUUCAGGGACUUGGCAAAGACUCCUGUUCCAAAGAUGUUUUGAAGAAAACAAGCUUCUACCUACUCCCAUCUUGGCAGUCCUGUUUUGUACCUGGGACUUGGAAUUCCAUCCUUGCCAUCAGUGUAUCUUUGAUGUGCUGCUCUAGAGGCCAAGCUGUCUGCACAGCCCAAGAGUGUUUCUGCAGCGUAAGAAGCCCAUCAUCAAUGGGGCCCUGUUCUUGGCUGCCCUGGUGUCCUUCCCUUAUCAACUGAGCUAGUUGGAGGAGUCUCCGCAAACAAGCUCCCCUUCCUCUGAAAUCAGGGUGUGGAGAGGCUUGCGCUGGCCUUUGCCCUCGUCCCCGGCCAGUAUCUGUGAAGCCUUGUGGGCUUGGAGGUCAUAACUUUUCCAUUGUUCUGUUUUAUCUCUGUGUUGUAAAUAUCGUCCUGUAUUGACAGCCUUCGACCGUUGGAGAGAAGGCCACCAUGACCUGGCCUUAUAAUUUUUUCCUAAAAAAAAGUGGCACCUGUAUUAAAGGCUGGCUGACAAA